AACCAGGACAUGACCCCAUUGUAAAAUUGUCAACAUCAAUUUUCCUGAGUAUUAUUAAGAACAUUAAAUUCGAAUUAUUUUUUUUUUAUGGAAAACAAUUUACUAUUAUAAGAAAUGCACAUUAUUUAAUUAACUCUGCACUAUGCCCUUCCGUUCUAAUGCACUAUGUCUAAUUAUAAAUCUACUAAAAAGUAGAAGUAGUAGUCUUAGUAGUCUUCAAACUUCAGUACAGUCGAGGGUCAGUAGGACUGGCUAGAGUGAGUCUGAGUAAGGACAGUCAUGAUUUGAGUCACACAAAGGCUCAGGGAUUCAUGAGUAUGAAUUUUAACAACGUAAACGUAGGAAUUAUUCAAUUUUCUGCUGGAAAUAUUUCAUUGAAACUAAUUAUUCAUUCAAUGGCAUUGGACUCAUUGAUCACUUUUUUUACACUAAUUUACAGUGUAAUCUCAAUCUCAGUGUCGUUGAGUUGAGUAUCUGUCCUAAAUCAUUCAUGUAGGGAGUACUGUAGUACUGUAAGUAGUCAUCGCCCAUACUCAUGUAAGUACAUUUCUUUGUAUGCAGAUUUUGCAGUACUAUUGUUAUGCAGCAUAUGAAUUAUCCUUUUUAGCGUAAUGCCGGCAUGUCUUACAAAACAUUAUAGGCAUUAAAGGUCAUGGAGUUUUCCCAGGUUGACUACCAGCAAUUGUAAAUGUCCAUCUUGACAAAUUUAUUGAGUUGACUGUCAAUGCAUCACCUCAUUUUUCCCCAGAAAAUUAUGGCACUGAAGUGUCUAGUGAAAUAGUGACAUGAUAGAAAUGAAUAGCAUACAGCAUAUGGGUAGUUCUUUUUACAACUAAUCCAAAGACAGCACUUUUUGCAAUGCAUAUCUUAUUUUCCCCACUGAGGCCACUGGUUUUCAUAAUUUUUUUAUUUUGUUGUAAGUUGAAUUUUUUAAAGAGCAAAGGUAAAAGUUUAUGUCAAUGCAUUUCAUAUUACUUUAUCGAUCAACAUAUUUAGUAUAUUACUCAUAGAAUGCUCAGUGAAGGAUGACAAAAGUUAUAAAACACAUUGUUCAGGUCCAACAAUAACUUCACUCAGGGGGACACAACUCUUAGCAGAACCCAAACCACUGACCCAAUCUUUACCAAUAAAUUGUAUUAUGUUGUACUGUCCGUUGUUCUAAAAUUAAUAUAAUAUUAACUGUCCAUAUUAGAAAGGGCCAGAUUAUGGGCUUUACACCAAUCUUUCAUGUUUUAAUGUGUAUAAAUAAACACAGGCAAGAAUGUCAUUCAGAAAACUAGUGUGGCAAAAUGCAUUUAUACCUCAUGGUCAUAAUGAUAUAGUGUCAUAAGGAAAAUAGUACUGGUAUAUAAAAAAAAUGUUAGUUUCAUAGGCUCAAUAAAUUUAUUUAAAAGUGCCUCUGUCAAUAAAAAUUGUGGAGAUUAUUGAAUAUUUGUCAGUAAAUUUUAUUUUAUUUAUGAAAGCAAUAAAUAACUGAUAUGUAGUUUGCUUCUUAUAACAUUUAUCAAUAAUCUUAUUAUCAAAUUACCAGCUGUUAUUAUUAAAUCUUUUUUUUUCUUCCUGAUUUUCACUGCUAAAAUGUAAUACUUUUAAUUGCAUUGGUUAACAAAAUUGUAGUUUUCCGUUGUUGUCCCACCGUAUAAGUAUGGUUAUUAAAUUUAGAUUAAAACGAGACACCAUGCAACCGAUAUAUGAUUUUCAUCUUGUCAGUAUGUGUGCGAAACUCCACAAACUCCCCAGGCUCCUUUGAAAAUGGUAAUUCCUUUGUAUGGUAUACUAUUGUUGUUAUAUGCCAAGUGAUUAGAAUUGUAAAGAGCACCAACACGAAGUUCAUGAAGUCUGGUUCAAAAAUUUUUAUUAUCAAUUUUGUUUUUUGCAUUUAGAACACAUGCAUUUUAAAAUCAAGCAAAAUAGAAAGUAAGCUAAAAAUUAGCUUUCGUCGAUAUUUAUUUAUCUACCUUGCGUUUAAAAAAUUAUUAUUUGGAGGGGCAUCAUCAAACCAGCAUCUAGAUUCUACCAGUACUGUAAGUUAUCACACCAUUUGAUAAGCAGAGAUGUAUCUUGAUAUCAACCGUAGGAUGGAGCAUUGGUAAAACUGAUAUUUUCAUGGGAGAUUUUAAAUAACAACCAUUGUUUUAUCAUGUUUUAAAAAUUUCAUGCGUGACAUGACUAGCUGUAAGUCGUAAAGGCAGCGCUGAAAUUUCAAAACAAAAAAAUACCACAAAUGACAAUCCAAAUAACAAGACAUAUUCAAAUACUUUUUUUCCCUUUUUUUUGUUUUGUUGUUGACAGAUGUUUUGAAUGAUAUCCUGUAAAUAACAAUAAUUAGUUAAUGAUUUUGGGCAACAAUGGUUUAGGUCAUUUUUUUAAAAACUUGAUGAAGAAUUAAGUUAUCAAUGUUUUUGAUUCUUGGCAUCUUUAUUAUGUGCCAUCUUAAAGCCGCAUCAAGUACCAUCCUAAACAUCAAGAAAAAGCAAAUAUAGGGUGGAACUCUCAAGGAGUUUGGCCUUGUUCAGUGCGGCUCCUUCGGCUUGUGCCAGGGAUUAGCCGAGGGCUGGUUAUCCUCUCUCUGUUCAGUCGUGGGCUGGGGCUUUCCGCUCCAAUGAAUCCUUGAAUGGUUGUAUUCAGAUUAGGUACCUCAGGCAUCUGUAGAGUGAAUGUAUUCAGUGGUAUCAACAGUGGGCAUGGAAACUGUGAAAGUAUCUAGGCCUAGUUUCUUUUAGCUCAUUUUUUCAAACUAGAGUAAUGAAAUAUGCAAACAGGCAGCCAGGGUAAUUAAGCAUGGCAGGAAAAAAUAAAAAUCUGACAUCAGCUCCUAGUGACUUUCAGGAAAAAUUUAUUCCCUGAUAUGCUGAGUCAAAUCUGUCAUCUGGUAACUUGUACUUCUCACUAUCCCUAUCUGUUAAGCUUAACAAUGGAAAUAGUACCUAAAACUUUUCUAGUGCUAGUAAAACAAUCUUUCUGAUGUCGGGCCAGAAUUGUUACAGGUUUGUAUUUGAACCUGUAAAGGGACAAAUCUUACUAAAAACUUGAUGUAUUUUUCAUACACUUUGGAAAACUUAUUCAAAAUUAAAAACCAGACUGCGAUUGAAGAAAAAUUUAUGCGAAUUAAUAUUCUACAGAAUCAAAAAUUAUCAUCAAAAUGGUCAAAAAAUUAACCUUAUUGUCUUGUUAUGACUGAUAUAAGAAUUCCCAAUGUUAAAAUAUAAAAAAUAUGAAUCCCAAAUCACAAAUAAAAAAAUCAACACAUGUUUAUACCUGUAUAUUACUUCAAAGGAAUGGCAACAAUGGUUCUCAGCGCUAUCAGUGACAUAAUUCUUUUGAAAUGAUAUAAUACUAAUAGUACUGAUACAUAUCUUUAUCAGGUUCAUCUACAAAAAGAAGAUAAUACUCGAGAAAUCUUAAUAAACUUCAUCUAUAAUAGCACAUCAGAUUACUUGGGACCAAAAGAGUAGACUUGAGACCAUACAACUCAGGGCUUGGGAAGAAUUCAAAGAAACCUUGAGAUCUGGUGUGAUUUCAGUCCAGGCCCCCUCAUGAUGGGCGCGCUGGUCAGUCGAUUGGCUAAUGUCUGGAGAGUUUGGGGGUCGAACCCAUCUGAUCCCGUCGAUGACCCAUAUAAACAAUAUGCGAACCUCGUUGUGGAGACCGUGGAGAAGGUGUGUCAACCUUUAACCCUUGCUUAUUCAAUAUAAUCCAGUAACAUUUGAUUGAUUGAUUGAAUACUUUUACAGUGCGUGUGUCCAUGCAAUUUUAGCAUGCUCACGGCACUCUGGUAUCCUAAAAUCUAUUUUUAAGAAAAAAGUCUUUAAAUGUUUCUUUUUUUUGUUUUUUUGAUCAUUUUCAAUUUCCCUUAAAGAUUGAUAAGCAAUCAACCAGAGAUAUUGCUCAUACCCUGCAACCCUUGAUAUUACAAGAGCCCAAAAUUGAUGUUGAAAAAAAAUCUGAUUUUAUUAACUUUGAAUGCUGGAGGAACAAAUCCCAAGAGGAACAGAGGGGCUCAAAAAGUCAUGCGUUGGCUCUGCAUUUGACAUGAACAAUAUCAAUGAUCUUUAAAAAAAAUUUAAAACAUAUCUAAGACAAAGAUAUUUUUUGGGAAGAAACACUGUUAUUUUUCCUGAAAUGUUCAAUUUAUUUUUUUGUUUUUUGCUGUACCCAUCAGGGCGAUUGUGAAAAGCUGAAGAGCAUUCAAGAAGACGUCAAUCUGAGAAAAUUUGGCGGCGUGGAGAAUGUUACAAUUGUUCCUUCUCUCAUGCAACGAGCUGCAGCCGGGGAACAUUUGGAUGUCAUCAAGUUAGUUCGGUUGUGUUUUCAAUUAAAUCAUCCUGCAUGUUUCUUUCAUGUUGGAAAUGUGAACUGGUUAUUUAUUUUUGGUAUGGCGUUUGUGUUACGACCUGUAAAACCGGUUGCAUUACGUUUGUGAAUGUUGGAAAUAAAUUGGGAGAAAUUUCAAGUUGAAACAGACACGUGUUACGGCUCAUUGCACUUGUGGAGCCUUUGAAAUGUUUUUUCAUAUCUGAUUUGAUUGGCUGUAGAUUAGGCAGUGACUCUGAUCCCACAUCUUUCAUAGCCUUCAGUGUGAGGUUAGCCGUAACUUUGAUUCCAGGUAUCUGAUCAGCUUGGGAGUGGAUGUGGACCAGGAGGACUCCUGCAAUAUGACAGCUCUUCACGAAGCGUGUAAGAGGAAAUCACUCCACUGUGUCCAGGAGCUGGUGAAGCGUUCUAGAAAUAUUGACAGGAAAGACGUGUGGGGGAGGACUCCGCUGAUCAAGUGCCUGGUAUACAGGAAUAUCCAGGCAGCUUUGGUGAGGUUUGCGUGCUCAAAACUGGAUAAUAAAACACCCAACAGUUUGACAGUUAACUCUACAAAAAAUAAUAUUAUACCUUUAUAUUAAAAAUGAAAUACACAAAUUAAGUAAAGGAUUUAUAGCUAGCUUAAUUAAAGUUUUCUUUGAAGCAAAAGUUUAUAAAAUCCUCUACUGCUUUGUUAAUUUUUUACCUUAAAUUUUUUAAAAAUUAUUUCGAGUGUAAAAGUGUAAUAAAAUUAAUUUAAAGGGGAGAAUUUUGUUAACACUCCUUCAGUUUUGAGAGCCAAGUUUCUCAUAAGUUCCACGUAGACCAAAAUGUCAUUUACAAACAUGACAUACAGCUCUAUGCCAGAAUUUCUAGAUGAUUGCUUCGCUGGUACACAUCACGUUAUCAUAUUGUCAUUUCCUUUCCAAGUAUUUCAAUUAGUUCCUUUAUAGUUUGUGGGUGUUGAAAGAAAGUUUGGUGAACCAUCUUACAUUUGCUUUAAGUUUAAGUAAAAAAUGUAGUGAUAAUUAGUCAGUCCUGAUAGACAAGUCUUGUCUUAGUUUCUGGGUGUUUUACUGUAAUCAUAAUCUAUCUUAACAAUUUUUUCAUUUGUUUUCAUUCUUAUUUUAAAAUUUCAGCUUCUGCUAGAGAGGGGAGCUAACCCCAAUGCUGUUGACAUCUAUGGCAUGACACCUGUCAGCACAGCAAUCAACUACAACAUGCUGGACAUGCUCCGUGUGUUGGUGAGCAACAAAAAAUAUUGUCAGGACCUGUGUAUUUUCUUGAAAAAAUUUUUUUUUUUAAAGUAGAUUUGGGGAUAACGACCUGCACUUGAAACAUAAAUCUGAAACUAAUCAUUUGUCUUUGGCUGCAUUUGUAAUACAGAUUUAAUGGGAUGCAUUGUAACACAGAUGUCAUUGCCUACAUUGUAACACAGAUUAUAUUGUCACACUGAUUUCAUUGGCUGCAUUGUAACACAGAUUUCAUUGCCUACAUUGUAACACAGAUUCCUUUGAUCUGGCAGUUGGUUUGAUUCUUAAGCCGUUGUAUUAGUGCUUAUGCAAAAUUCGAUUCACCCAAUGAAAUUGUUUUGUUUUAAAAAAAUUGGAAAUCUUAUGAAGUAUUAUAUGGUCCAUGAAGGCGUGGAGGAACAUCAGCACAGUAAAAUUUAUGUAUUGUUAAAUGUAAUCUAUGUACGGUAGUUGUGUUUUUCAAGUUUAUAUUGGAGGGUGCUGGACUGCACACGCUUUGACUCGGCUGUUUGAAGGGAUUAUGGACCCUUUACUAUAUUUUUACUUGUUUUGAAAUCAAACUCAUCAUCAUAUACUGUUUUACAGGUGAAUCACGGGGCUGACAUCAACAUGGUCACACAACACCUGAAUAACACCUGUUUGGGGCCCCCUUUGUACCAGGCUGUCAACAACAAGAGCGUAGAACUCGUACUUGAACUUCUUCGCCUCGGGGCCACCACCCAGCCGAGGCAGGGCAGCAGCACUAACUGGCCGUCGCCCGUCAGCAGUCACUGGCAGUACUACAUCAGCGGUCAGCCGAACCCGGUUCGCAUCACCCUGCAGCAUGAGAAUGCGGUGAUGAUGGCCAUGAACGAGAUGGUCAGAAGAGGCAACCAGAGCAUAGACGGUUCCAGCCAAAGCAUGGAGAUCCUGCAUAUACUUUUAGCAGCCCACGGAUACUCCCUUGGGUCCACACCCGAUGUCCUUAUCAGAGUUCUCAUCAACUCCAGCCCUGAGCACUUCUCCAAGCUACUGCACAAGCUGCAAGUGUGCUCCAGCUCCCAGGAAAACCUGCUUCAGUCAGCCGCAGACAGAGAUUCCAACCAGAGACUCGUCACGCGCUCCCAGCACCUCCAUCAGAUGGAUUACCACCUGAACGGACCCAGCGGAGGAAAGAAGGCUCCGCGGUUCAUGAUGUCGCUGGAAAACCAGGCUCGUCGUGUGGUCAGGCAGGCGGUGAUGACCUCGGGGCACAAUGUGUUCUGGGCCACCAGCAGACUUCAGUGUCCGCCUGCAUUGAAAAGCUUACUGCUGCUAAAAGACAUUGACCGCGCGUUCUCUCAUCAAGACGUGCUGGGUAAGCCAAGGGUUGCUGUGUCCUAGCAGAGAAGUUGUCUCCAGUCUAUAAUGUUGGGAUCUUUGGCUUUUUUUGUUUUGGAGAAAGAGCAAUAAUCCACUAUAUUAUUUUUAGUUUUAACCCCCUCAGAUCAGAGUUAUCUGUCAUGGUGUGGAUAAUUUGGGAUUAGAUCAUAUUAUUGUACAAGUUUUCAAAUGAUAAAAAAAUGUUCAAAUCAAAAGUCAAAAUUUGCACCCAAUAUAAAUAUUUGAUUGGUGAUGGUGUAUGGUAACAUUAAACAUUCAAUACUGGUAAAUAAAAAAAUUUGUAUCGAGUCCAUAUAACAUUUACUUAAUAACACUUGGGGUUGUUUUGAGGUGGACAAAGCUACAUCCAUUGCCAUUCAAAGUGAAUUCAUCUGACUUUAUCACCCGCUGAGUGAUCCCCCUCAUGUAUCUCCAAGAUAUCUCUUCACUCAGCUUAUAAAUAAACAUUUCUGUGAUUUCAAUGGUGAUGGCUUGUCACGUUGAUUUUUUAUAGCCAGAUUUAUGGGGAUGUGUUGAUUUUUGUCUUAUUUUUACCUUGGUGCCAUUUUUAAAAAUUAAAAUUAUUGUUAUUGUGAAAUUGUACAUUUAACCAUCAAGGGUAGCCUCAUACAAAUCAAAAUCAUUACCCGGUAAACAUAAGAUGUGUGCCAUAUCAGUGAUCAAUUUUUGGAUAAGAAUUAAACACACUUGGAACUGCACUUAGCAGUAAAAAUUGUAUCUUAUUUAAAGCAUUUUGUAUCAUAUCAAAAUAUGGUGAGCUAUAUAGUAUUUUGAAGAUCUAAAAAGGAUUUUUUUUCUUGCAUAAAUAAAAUAUAUAAAUUUAUAAAAUGCUUAAAUGUUAAUAAAUAUUUUUUUUUUAUUGUCAGGGAUAAAGAAUCAUUGAGUGGAGUGUGUCCCACUUAAUUUUUUACUGGCUUCCCAGUUAUUUCCACAAUUUGAUUUUAAAGAACAGCUAAAUGCUUGAAAAGGAGUCAGAAUCAUGACUGCCGCCCUAAGUGACUCACCUCUCGCCUAUAAAACUUGCCAGUAUGACAGGGGUCCAAAUGUUUGUUUACCCCAUAGACCCACCCUCAGGGAGGUGGAGUUUGAGACAUUUAAAUUUCAGCCAGAAAAAAAAAAAAAAACUCUACCAAGGGAAAUAAGCCACAACCAAGGGAAAUAACAAAAUACAACCAAGAAAAGUAAUUAUUCUCACAAAUACUGUCAAGUGCUUUAGUUUCCACAAAUUAUUCUGAAACAAGUGAUUCAUAUCAUUACCUAACACUAAGUAUGGUUGGUCUUGCAACAUUACAAAGUAAUUUUACACUUGCUCACUGGUGUGGGGAAUUUUGGAUUUUAAUGAUUGCUUCCUUGAACUUUAUGUGCCAAGUUGAAAAUAUAUUUUUUUUUAAAAUAUAAUAAUUCCUAGUGAGGAAAGAGCUGUUCACUGCUUAAACUGUAUGGAGUUAUACAAAUAUAUAUUCCUUAAUUAAUCUUCAAACUCUGUAACACAUAAAUGGGCCACCUGCUGCCCACCGAAGACAAACAUCCUCAAACUCUGUAACACCUAAAAGGGCCACCUGCUGCCCACCGAAGAGAAAUAUCCUCAAACUCUCAGCCCAAUGAAGAUAGGUGAGCCCACUUUUUAGUUUGCUUUAAAUGGAAUGUUUAACAACAGUAUUUUGUUCUAAAAUGAUCUUUUGACUUAUUAAAUUUUAUUUAUAUUAUAUUUAAAAAAAAAAAGAUUUUGAAUAAGCAAAUUGUAAAAGAUUUUUUUUUUUUUUGUGUUAAAUUUUGGGCAAUGGCUUUUCUUCCCUAGAAUUUUUGCCAUACCUAAUUUCCCUAACGUUGGAUCUAAUUUCCCUUAUGUUGGAUCUAAUUCCUCUAUGUUGGACCUAAUCUUGUCAAUAUUGGAUUUAUUGUCCUUGAUGUUGGAUCUAAUAUGUUUGAUCUAAUAUCCUCUAUUUGGGAUGUAAUGUUUUAAAUGUUGUUGGAUUUUGGUUUUUGCCAUAAAAAUGUCAGAUGUAUGUCGGCCUACUGAAAUUGCUUAAGUAAUUAAUGCCUUGUGUAUAGAAUCCAUUCCAGAAUGCUUUCAAUUUAAACCCCUAAAAACAGAAACUUUAUGAGGACUUCAAUGUGAAACUCUCUUGCCGCACAAUAUAAUUAAAAGAUAUUUGAAAUAAC